AUGUUGUCGCCUAUGUUGAUGUUUGGUCAUCAGACAAAAGAGCAAAUUACUCUAAACCAUUUGUUCAGCAACUGCAGGAAAUGGGCGCUGAGGUAUCACAAAGAUUCAAUAAACAAGUCACUCAUGUCGUGUUCAACAAUGGUCAUCUGGCCACAUGGAGGAAAGCUAAGAAAAGUGAGGUGCAGCUUGUCUCUGUUCUGUGGGUAGGAAGAUGUUAUGAUGAUGGUGUACGUGCGGAUGAGAAGUUGUUUCCAGCCUUAAAUGAUGAAAGCAAUCCUGUGAUGAAGAACAGGAAACAUCGUUGCAUGUUGCCCAAAGAUUCUCCAGAGAAGACUACUGAAAAUGACUGGCGUAUGAGGAAAAAAUUAGAUAAGAUGAUGAAGGAUCUGGCUCCAAAAGAACCUUUUGUUACUGAUAUGUCGCCCAUAAUUAUUGAUGAGGAGAAUGGAAUAAUCUAUAGUCCUGCUCUGAAAAGGUCAGAUUACAUGGCACGACGUUUGAAAGACAUGAAAGACAAACGGGAGAACCUUUCACCUACUGUAGAUGACCAGUCUGAUGAUGAUUCCUGUGCUUCUGUUGCUGAACUUGGUUGCUCACCUGACAAGGAAGAGGGGAGAACACAUUUGAACGGGAGAGAGCUUGGCUGUGUUGAACACUCUGGAAAGCCCGGGUUCUCACCCUGCCAUGACGUGCCAAAACGGAUUUCAAGCGAGCCCGAUUGUCCCGACUUUAAGAACAAAGAGGAUGAAGAGGGGAAUAAACAAACAAAGCCAAGAAUAAGUUCAGCCAGGAAAAAGACUGCAGAAAAAUUCAAAUGUGAAGACUUUCUAGAGAGUCCUUUGCAGGAUUGGUCUGACAAGAAGGCUCAUACAGAACAAAAACAAUCCCAGAGUAAAUCACCUAACGUAUUUAAAAAGGGAGAACAACAAGUUUCAGAUACUAAAUCCUUUACAGACACUGGGUCCUACAUUAAUCCUGCCUUUGUGAAAUCUUUGGGUUGCCUUUCAUUAGCCAUGCCCGCUGAUACUGCUUCUGCACGGUCAAAGGCAGCUUCUACCCCGUCACAGAAAAUGGAGCGCAGGACACCCAAACGAAGCAGAUCUUCACUUUCUGCAUUGGUACGAUCUGCUACUCUAUCCAGUGAAUGCAAAAGUGUUCUUUCUGAUUCCACUGAAGGAGAGGUGUUUGAGGACUAUUUUUCUCCAGCGAACCGCAAAAAGUCCAUUUUGCCUAAUCUACCCAUGGAGAGCACCAUUCAGAUCCCUUUUGAGCUGGACUCUGCCCCAAAGAAGAGGAAACAAAGAAGCAAAAGCUUUGGAUUUGAACCUAAUGGCAAAAAACCCCAGAAACCAGAGAAAAGUCAGAGUAGCAAAAAUGUCCAACCACAAUCCAAUGAAGUCAGUGAGCCUCAAAGUCUGCAACAGGAUAAAAAAACAUCUCUCACAAAAUUAGAUAACCCCAGAGACAAUCUAACACUAAUGAGUAAAAGGCGAAGACAAAGCACCUUGGCACUUUCAAGCACCAGUACAGCUAAAAUUGAUGAGGGGAAAUGGAGGUCUGCAUUCAAACCAGAUUCGCCCUCAUUGCCAACAGAGAAUGCCACAGAGACUGAGCAGCAGAAACACUCUGAUUUCACUGUUCUUUCUCACACUGUGGAAAGUGGAGGAAAUGAAUGUACGGUUGCAGCUGGUUUCACAGAGGUCUCCUCUGAAACUGAAGAAAAUCGCAAAAAGCAACUCUGCUUAAGUCUUCAGAAAAUGGUUAACAAAACAAAGAACAUGAGAACACUGGUCAUGACAAGCAUGCCAACUGAGAAGCAGCACACGGUGGUUCAGGUGGUGAAAGCACUGGGUGGUUUUUCAAUUGUUGACCGAGUGUGUGAGAGCACAACUCAUGUGGUGUCUGGGGGACACAGGCGGACUCUCAACAUCCUGCUGGGAAUAGCACGUGGCUGCUGGAUCCUCUCUUUUGAAUGGAUUCUGUGGUGUUUGGAGCAGAGACAAUGGAUUCCAGAAGAACCAUAUGAACUUUCAGACCAAUUUCCUGCAGCACAGCAUCCUGUG